UUCGUGCUCUUCACAUCACAGCGCUCGGCUGAUCACAUCAGUGCUCAGUAAGCCAUGCUUUGUGCAACCCCUGAUUGUCUCACUUUCCUCCAUUCCCUUCACAGAACCCUUUCCCUUCCUGUGAGUAGCUUGCCUUUCAAUUCACUGAGCACCACUCGGAAGACUCUGCCAUGUAAAGCGAGCAUGAUCACCAACUCUGAGUGGUUCGAAGUGGGACGGCUUAUUGGGAGCUAUGGCUUCAUGAACGUCACCAGCUAUCCAGCCUUUCCUUCAGGUGCAAUUACUGAAUUUUCACCUGGAGAUUUGGGAGAACUGAAAAUUCAAGAGAUCCGCGAAGGAAGCAUCAAGAUCAGGCUUUAUGAAGGUAGAGUUGCUGAGGGUCCUCUUAGAGGAACUUCAAUUGUUUUUAAGGUUUAUCCUGGACAACGAGCUGGUGGAGUUGAGGCUGAUAUGAUGGCUGCCAAUGAAUUGAAUGCCCACAUAUUUCUUCAAAACAGUUCGAAACGCAUGAGCCAGCAUCUUUUGACACUUGUGGGAGGAUUUGAAACAAUGACUGGGGAGCAGUGGCUUGCUUUUCGUGAUGAUGGGAAAUAUAGUUCGGCAGACUAUGCGAAAUUUGCUAGUGAAAGAGUAUCAAAAAACCUUUCUUUAGGAGAGGCAUCUUCUUGGAAUCGCUUUGAACAAGAACAAAUGAUGAAGAGAAGGAGAUAUUUUAUUAUAAAGUUGCUUCAGGGUGCUUUGAGAGGUCUAGCUUUCAUGCAUGACCAUGACAGAUUGCACCAAAGUCUUGGACCAUCUUCUGUGGUUCUCAACACAAUUUCUGAUAGAGAGGCCCGUUAUUUGAUUCCAAGGCUUCGAGAUCUAGCUUUUUCUGUUGAUGUCAGGUACUCAGGGCUAGAAGAUGAUCCUGCAUCACUAGCAAAUGGGCUCUGGAAACGAGCAUCAGCUGCUGGUGCAGUCACACGUCUGGAGAAAAGAGCUUUUGGCAUAGCUGAUGACAUAUAUGAAGCAGGACUUCUUUUUGCAUACUUGGCUUUUGUUCCAUUUUGUGAAGCUGGUAUAAUGGAUAGCAUUUCCUUGCAAAGGCUUCUGGAGAACACUUUUCAGCUUGAUGUUGAGGCAACACGAGAGUACUGUCUGGCAGAUAGCCGAUUAGAAAAUGCUGUUGAGUUCCUGGAUCUGGGUGAUGGUGCUGGCUGGGAGUUACUUCAGGCAAUGCUUCAUCCUGAUUUCCGGAAACGACCAAUUGUAGAAGCUGUUCUCAAUCAUCGGUUCAUGACUGGUUCAGUUCUGUGAUUUUUAAUAUCAAAGAUGGGUGUUUGAAUGUAUGUGAAAGAUCUACCGCAUGCGUUGUCAUUCUUGUGCCUCCUGUAAAUAUUAUCUUCAUUUGUAUCAUAACAAGUGUGUGUAAUUUUAUUGCUCACAGUUUUCAAAAACCUGAGAUUGAUUCGAUUGAACAAAAAGAAAAGAGAUUGAUUCGGUUAAUACUCUCUUUAGACUUGUUCA